UUUCUCAUGUUUCGUAGAAACGUUUCAUUCAGUUUUAUUGGACUAAAUAAACACCUAUGGGUUUGAAUCCACCUGAAAGGAGCUUGAAAUGUCCAGAUGUUUCAGAUGCUUAGAGAAACACUGUGUUCAAUGAACACUGUAGUGUAUAACCUGUAAUAACUGGCUUAAAUAGUGGGCGAUAAAAGCGUGUUAAAAUCUAUAAUUGUCCUUUUUUUUUUGCCUCUUCUCUUCUUUUUAGUUAUGAUUAUAUAUUUAUGAAUACAUGUGUAUACUGUACUGUACAUGCUCCAAUUUGUUAGCAAACCAAUGAACAUCGUGACUUGUAUGUAUCGUGAUAUUUGCUCAAUAUUACCCAAUCCCAUCACACAGGCUUGUAGGCUGAUAGUAUAGUCAUUGCGUGUACUUUAAACAAAGCUAGAGAGAGAGAGAGAGAGAGAGAGAGAUCUUUUGACCCUCAGAUCGACCGCUGAGGCGUUUUGUUUAUCUCUGGAAGACCGUCAGUGUGGAAGCUCUGAGGGAAACAACAUGAAGAAAAAGCAAACUAUCCUUGCGCUAUUUCUUUUUUGUCACGCUGUAGCCGGGGCAGUGUUUCUGAGGAGAGAUGAUGCUAACUCUGUGCUCAGGCGCUCCAGGCGCGCGAACUCGGGCUUCCUGGAGGAGGUGAAGGGGGGAAACCUGGAGCGCGAGUGCAUCGAGGAGAUCUGCGACUACGAGGAAGCACGCGAGGUGUUCGAGGACGACGAUCUAACGACAAGUUUUUGGAUGUCAUACAAAGCUCGUGAGCCCUGCUUGACAAAUCCGUGCAGAAACAAUGGGACCUGCAUAUAUUUGGGACACUCCUAUAUCUGCCAGUGUCCUGAAGGCUUUGAGGGCAAAUACUGUCAAGAAGCAUUUGAGGACACUCUGAAGUGUCGUUAUCUGAACGGAGGCUGUGAGCAGUUCUGUGACGGGUCAGGUCGCAGGAGGAAGUGCACAUGUGCCCCAGGUUAUGCCCUUGGAGAGGACGGGAAGUCGUGCAUUGCUCAAGUUCAGUAUCCAUGCGGUAAGGCCCCACUGUACAAGACGCAGACUCGUUUAAUACGGGCUGUGGGUGGACACCAGUGCCCGAAAGGCCACUGCCCUUGGCAGGUCCUUUUGAAAUAUGAUGGACGGAGUCUCUGUGGAGGGGUUUUAGUGGGUGCUAACUGGAUCCUUACAGCUGGACACUGUGUCAGUAAGAGAGACGUGAAAUAUCUGAAGGUUGUAGCAGGGGACCAUAAUAUUGACAUAGUGGACGGCACUGAGCAAGAGUUUUCUGUGUCACAAGUAAUUAUCCAUAAGAGCUAUGAUCCAGCAUCAGGAGACAGCGACUUGGCUCUAUUGCAGCUCAGUGAGCCAGUGACACUUUCAAAUUACACCGUUCCUAUCUGUCUGCCAAGUCAGGGGUUUGCCAAAAUGGAAUUGGAUGCCGUUCGCUUCCACACCGUUAGCGGAUGGGGCCAGAGCACUGACGGAGGCAACAUUCAAAGCUCUCGCUUCUCUAAAAUCUUAUCCCCUGUACUCCGUAAGCUCGCUGUGCCACUCCUGCCUACACCAGAGUGCUCUGUUAAGAGUGGGGUUAAUAUCACUGAUAACAUGUUCUGCGCCGGUUACUUCGAGGGCAGCCAGGAGUCUUGUCGAGGAGAUGACGGCAGUCCGCUGACUACUCAGUACAAGGACACGCAUUUCCUCACCGGGAUAGUGUCAUGGGGCAAAGGAUGUGGCCAUCCAGGCUUCUACACCAUAUAUACCAAGGUUGCUAACUUCCUGGAUUGGAUUCAGCAUGGCAUGGCUACUUCAAUCGCCCAACCAGAUGCCCUCGACACUUUAUAUGCAUCCACCAUGCCAACACUUUCUUUUGAGGAGUUCUACACAGACAUAUUUUAGCUUGUUGUAGACAAGAGUAAAACUAAUGAGUUGCUGAUCUCAUUUUCUGAAAUAAAGAUAUUAAAUUCAUUCAUCAA